UAUGAAACUCAGCAUCUCAGUAUUAUAUUUAUAUUUUAUCGGAUUCCUAUUUAAACACUCGGAAAGCUACUCAUUCCUCUCAGUCUUCUGGGUUUCUCUAGUAUUAAACUCCAAUUUAGAUCAAAGGGUUGAAGUCAUAUUAAAUAAGACAGUGUGGGAAUUGAAGCUUCUGAAGGUUCUGCAAGGUAGCAGUAUAAAUUAUUCAGCGGACAAAACCCUUUCUCUGUCAGAGAACUCUUCUGUCGUGGUUGAUCGAAUUGAUUUCGAUAGGUCUAAUUUAUAUCUUAAGCUGUUUUUCUAUGUCUGGAGAAAUAAUAUUUUUCAACCGUCGCCUGCAAUUGUACGUGAACUGAAUCGAGUACCGGAGAACUGGCUGGCGGUUAGCUUGGGAAUGCCAAUAGUGGAAAAACCUAAAGUUUAUGAUUUAGAUGCAUAUGAAAAAGUAGAUGAUUACAUAUGGGUUAUUGGAAUAGUUACCAGUUGUUUUCUUGGACUAUUAUUCAUUUGUUGGUUCUUCAUUUUUGUGUACACAUAUAUCUUACAAGCAACUGCUAUGGAUAAAUGGUUACCAAAACCAUAUAUUAGAGAUAGUAAGCCAACAUUGUACAAACAAGAAAAGGUUCAAAAAGGUUUUCAACGGAAAGAAUUCAUGAAUAAAACUGAUUCACAAAUUCAAACAGACUUCCCAGAAUCUUAUGAAUUCAAAAUAAAUCACCUUGCUAAAUCUACUACUAAUGGAAUGUUAAGCAACAUAUCAAUGGUGGAUUCAAGCCUUCCAGAUCGACUUUCACCUGUUAUUGAAACAAAUUUAGAAGAACCACUAACUGCUUCUGUGAAUGAGGUGAAACCGUCUAGUAUUUCAUUACCUGAAGCACAAGAUCUAUUGACGAAUGAUCACAUAGAUGAUAUUUUAAUCGACAAGCCUAAUGAAGUGAAACGUGAUGCCAAAGAAAGGAAGAAGGAAUUGACUACCGGAAGUAAAGAUGAGAUACUGCAGGCAAAUGAAAGCGAUAAGACACUCGCAUUUGGAUCCUUCAACAAUGUGAAGCCUUUGAUUAUGUCUACUCAACCUCGUCAAGAAGCACUGAGAUUGGCAAAUAUUCUAAAUACUCAGCAAGCAAGUAUCGAAAACCUGAGAUAAUUUUUCAUGCAGGUACAUUAACAGAAAAAUGCAUGAAGUCAUACAUCUAUAAUGAGUCAGUACCACAUCUUGUUUGAACGCAUGUACCAAAACAUAUCCACCAAAAAAGUAUUUACAAAUUUUAUCUUCGAAUUAAAAUCUUGUUCCUGUGUUGCUAUCUUUGUAUUUACAGCAUUAGUUUCAUUAUCAAAUUGGAUUUUUUCAUGAAUAGAAGAUAGACUUCCUU